GCAGACCAUGGCGCCAUGGCAGGCAUUGUCGCAACACACCCACCAACAACGGCAGCAUACUACAACUAGCUCGCUAGAUACUACUACAACUAUAACUAACUACAGCCACUUCUACAGUACCAUCCAUCAUGGGUCCUGAUGACGAUCUCCCGACGCUGAUUCAGCGAAAAGACCACUUGAAUGUGUUGCGUUACAUUCGCGCUCAUCAGUUGCGAAAGCCCGAGCUAGUGGUGUCGCACGGUUUGGAAUUGCUCGGCAACGAUCUCACCAAGAAGUCGGUGGGGGGAGACGAAUCGGCUCGUUUAUCGGCGUUGGAACAAGUCUGUUUGGCCGCUCUGGAUCUUCACAAUCACGAUUUGGCGGAUCAGUGCUUGAGUCAACUCAAGGCAUCGCAGGGCAUGGAGUCCCAUCGCUUUCGGCGGUUGCUAGCGCGUUGUCUGGAAACAGCGGGAGAUCUCGAUGGCGCCACCAAAGUUUACAAUGAAAUGCUACAAGCCAAUCCGGCCAAUCUCGUGGCACUGCAGCGUAAAUAUGCCAUGCUCAAAGCACAGCCCAACAAGGAGACCGAGGCCAUGGAUGCUUUAAAUGAGUACUUGACACAAAAUAUGGCAGAUUCCGCCGGGUGGUACGAAAUGGCCAAGUGUCGCAUGAACAUGGCGGAUUACAAAGGUGCCGCGUAUGCCUUGGAAGAAGUCAUUUUGUCCUGUCCCUUGGAAGCCUCGCUGCACUGUGAAUUGGCAGAGGUCUAUUGCACCGUUGGUGGAUUGGAAAAUUUAAUGGCGGCACGAAAGCACAUGGCACAGAGUCUCGAGUUGGAUCCCAGCAAUGGACGGGCACAAUUUGGACUCAUGGUGGUGGCCAAUGCCUACCUGUUGGAAUCGGAAAAAUCAGCCAAAAAGCAUCAUGAUGAACAUGAAGUCGCCGUGGCCAAAGAACUCAUCAAAUACGGGGGCGAUCAGCUCCUCCAAGCGUAUAAGGGGGCCCCCAUGUUUGCCGCUGUCAAAACCGUGGUCGAGGAAUAUCAAGAUGAUUCUGCCAGUAAUGAAUGAUGAUAUCUUUAAAAGUCUUUAUUUAUUCUCAAAAAUCGAACCCGUAGUUGGUACUCUCCGUUGGACGCCAAUUCUAAAGAUAAGUGCAUCAUAGCCUAAUAAGGUAACAUGUUCAAUUCCCUCUCACGAAUUCGAACCUCGAUGACAAAAUUUGAUUACAAUCGCUGAAAGCUGAAAAAUUCUCUCCAGGUAUUCGUUUCGGCGCUCUCAGAAGACACAAGGUCCCAAGUCACAACUAAUUGGAAUAAAUUGGAACUAUGUACUGUGGGCCACAUUAGGUUUUGUUUGUGAGCGAAACGCACCGCUACGAUGCCUUAGACAGCUACAGCCCGAAAGUUAUUCAUGUCGGACGGUAGCACAGUGAAUAAAACUAAGUUCCAGGUGUCGCUAAGGUCUCGUGAAAAUGCUUGCCUUGGGCAAAUGCUACCGCAUGAAAACCGUUUCAGCCCACAGGUUCGGCUCUCAGAGUAGUACUGCACCAUGACACGAACUUUGGUCCUUGGUCGUCGACAAGUCAAAGCUUCCUGCUCCAUUUCACUUCUGAAGGGCUUGAGCAAAGUUUGCCCGCAUGCAAGUCACGAAUGCAGAUCUUUUUGAGUCAUGGAUACUCUCCACAAACCCCAACAACAACAACUCGCUCUGUCGCUCUGUCGCUCUGUC